AUGAACUAUUCAUCAGUUCAGAGCGUCGAAUUUGCUCCAGAGGACUUUUCAAACUAUGUGAUUAUCUCCAAGAUUGGAGAGGGAUCACUCUCUACUACGUACCGCGCAGAAAACACACAAAAGCCCAUCAACUCACCGCUUAGAUGCAUAGGUGUCAAGCGAUUCAAACCUGAAUACAAGGAACAUGGCGAGCAGGAAGCCCAGAUUAUGCGAAUUCUACAAGAAGAAGCUGAGGAGGGUGACAAUGACGAAGACGAGGAAGAAAAACACAUUAUCCGGUUCUUUUCUGGGUUCUACCUCAAUGAAGAGUAUAUAAUUGUACUGGAGCUGUUAGACUGGACGCGACCGCUCACCUUGAUACCACCACCGGCAUACUACACACCGUCUCUGGGCACGCUUUGUGCUCAGAACCCGCUUAAAAACCUGGCCAAAAUUGGCGUGCAGCUACUAUCAGCGCUGGUCGAGAUCAAUGCCAAGGGGUUUGUGCACUGCGAUAUCAAGCCCGAAAACAUUUUAUAUGUGGACAGCCACGCCGGGUCGUCACGAAUCAAAUUGAUUGAUUUCGGCAACGCGACUGCGUUUGAGGACCUUAAGAUAUACCACGAUGACUUUGAGAUUCAAGCGCCUGGGUACCGCGCACCUGAAGUGCUGGUAGGAGACUAUGAGAUGAAUGAAAAAAUCGACGUGUGGAGCAUCGGCGUCAUUCUGCUAGAGCUGCUCGUUAACCACAUUUUCCGUGCGUUCCGCCACCGCUGGCGUCUUGUAAUUUCCGCAGACUCGCGCUUGGCAACUGUCGCGUGUUUCACGCGGUACCUCGGCGGAGUUGAUGUCUACAAAAACCGCAACACAAUGUACUGGAGCGACGAUUUCGAGACGUCCACACUUGUUGGUGAAGGCCUGGUUUCAGAGCUAGGUGCCAUGGUGCUUUCGCUUGCCAAAGUCCUCAAGACGCGUCAAGAAAUGUUGGCAUUGGAUUUUGUGUUGUGUCUGGUACAGGUGGAUCACCGGGUACGGUGGACAGCACAAAAAGCGCUGCAGCAUCCAUUCCUAAUUAAAUCGCUACAGCCGGUCUGGGCGCGGGCGCUGAGUUCCGGAGGUUCUUCUUCAUCAUCGUCAUCGUCGCCGUCGCCGGGAUUAACAUCUUUGGAGCUUUCUGGUGAAAGUUUUUUUUUCAUCAAAGAACAUAGAAACUUGAGAAACAUACUAGAUAAUAACUUGCCCUUUGGAGCAGACGAGGCCAAGAUCCGGGCCCACUUUUCAUCUCGACAGCCUGUGACUGACGUGAAGCUGAUGCGCAACAAGGACGGCAAGUCGCGCCGUUUUUGUUUUGUCGGUUUUAAGUCUGAUUCAGAUGCUGCAGAUGCUGUCAAGUACUUUAACGACUCGUUUAUGGAAACUUUUAAAAUUUCUGUGGAAGUAGCCAAGACAUUUAGCGACGACAGUUUGAUUCCUUGGAAGGAGCGAAAGCGCAGAGCGCAAGAGGCCGAGGCAGAGCGUGAAAUGAAGCGAAAGAAGGCUCAGGAAGAUCGCAAGGCUAAGAAGAAUAAAAAGGGGGGAUUUGAACUGGAAGAGGAAAGAGAGGAUCCCAAGCUUAAGGAGUUUUUGGCCGUGUACGAUAAUAGACAGCAAAAUACACAAUCGUGGAGAAAUGACGAUGUGAUGGACGAUGUUAACAAAGUUGCACAGCAAAACGAGGAAGCAGAAAAAGAGCGCGAACUGGUCAAGGAUAUGGAGCGUGAUAGCGAUGAUGAGUAUGAAGACCUAAACGCGACGAAGCCAGAGACUGAGAAGGUUGAAGAUGAAAUGAUGAUGUCACUUGACGACUGGACACAAAAGAAGCCAGAAGAGACAGCUGAGGAAAAUGACGAAGAAAUUUCUGAUAUGGACUGGCUGCGGAAACAUCAGACACGAAUUCCUGAAAAGAAUGCGGAAAAGGAGGCUGCAGCAAAAAAGGAAAAGGAGCCUAAAGUUCCUGAGAAGAGCCCUGAAGAAAAGGUUGCAGAAAAGAUUAUGCAGAGCAAGCGCCUUUUUUUGCGAAACUUGCUGUACACUUCGACGGAAGAGGAUUUCCGCAAUCUGUUUUCCAAAUACGGUGAGCUGGAAGAGGUGCAUCUGGCUGUGGACACGCGGACAGGAAAGUCAAAGGGGUUUGCAUAUAUUCAGUUUGUUGAAGGUGAAGACGCUUUAAAAGCAUAUGAGGAGUUGGACAAGCAGAUUUUCCAGGGCCGCUUACUGCAUAUUUUACCUGCAGCACCAAAGAAGGAGCAGGGUCUGUUGACGGAGCAAGAGCUGAAGAACCUUCCUCUUAAGAAACAAAAUGAAAUCAAGCGACGGCUUGCUGCUUCCAACCAGCAGUUCAGCUGGAACACGCUGUAUAUGAACAAUGAUACGGUGAUGGCGACAGUGGCCAAGAAGUUAGGAGUGCGUAAGGCCGAUUUGCUAAGUCCUGAUAGCUCGGAUGCUGCUGUGACACAAGCGCUUGCUGAAGCAAGUGUUAUUAAUAGUGUGCGACAGUAUUUCACAAGUAAGGGUGUGGAUCUUCUUGCAUUUAAUAAGAAGGAGCGCAGUGAUACCGUUAUUCUGGUGAAGAACAUUCCGUUUGGAGCGGCAGCCGAGGAGAUUGCAGAGCUGUUUAGUGAGUAUGGCGAUUUGAAGAAGGUUUUAAUGCCACCGGAUGGAGGCAUUGCAAUGGUUGUUUUCAAGAAUGCAGUUCAAGCUCGUGCUGCGUUUUCACGACUGGCAUACCGACGUUUUAAGACGUCAAUCUUGUACCUUGAGAAAGGCCCCAAGGGUCUGUUUGAGGGUGACGAGGGUGAAGAUGAUGGAGUUGUCAUUGAGAAGGGUGAAGAGAAGCCUGCGAAGGAGGCCAAGAUUUCGGCUGGAGAGAUUUUGGGCAUGGAUCAACAUAAGGAUGAAGAAGAUGAGGAAGUGAUGCCAAGUACUUCAGUGUUUGUGAAGAACCUGAACUUUGAUACCAACACGGCGAAGCUGACAGAAGCAUUCAAGGACCUGGACGGUUUUGUUGUUGCACAGGUAAAGACCAAGCUGAACCCGAAGAAGCCUGGCUCAUACAUGAGUAUGGGUUUUGGAUUUGUUGAAUUCAAGACUAAGGAGGCUGCGCAGGUUGCUGUGCAAGCAAUGGACGGCCAUAUUUUGGAUGGCCACAAGUUACAGCUCAAGAUUUCGACUCGCGGACAAGACGAGACCAAGAAAGAUUCGACUACAAAGAAGAAGAAGAAAAGUGGGAUGUCGACCAAGAUUAUUAUCAAGAAUCUUCCAUUCGAGGCUACCAAGGAUGGUGUUUACAAGAUUUUCAGCGCGCCUGGGGGGUUACGGUCAGUGCGUGUGCCUCGCAAGUUCGACAAGUCAUUGCGUGGUUUUGCAUUUGCCGAGUACACGACCGUGCGGGACGCAGAAAACGCGCUCAAUACUUUACAAGGUACACAUUACUACGGAAGACAUUUGGUGCUGGAGUAUGCCAAGGUGGACGCUGGAUCUGCUGAAGAAGAGAUUGCACAGAUGGAAGCCAAGGUACGCAAGCAGGUCACAAACGUGGAACUUGCCGGGCUACAGAUGGGAGCAGGCAAGCGCAGCAUCGAUUUGGAGGAGAACGAAGACGAGGAUGGGAUGUAA